AGUGAUAGUACUGCAAAUGAACUAAAAAGGAGUAUUCUGGAAACUUUUCUUCAGUAAGUUUCUGCAAUCAUUCCAGGUCCAGUUCAGUUUUGCAUUUAACCUCCCCCUCCAUGCCAUACCCAACAAAUCUUUUACAGACCCCACCCAAAUUCUCUCUUUAGCCUUACUCCACCUUCUGCUACAAAUACCCCUUCUGACCUCACAAUCCCUCACCUGGGCCUCAGGCCCCACCCCAGAGAUGCUGGUUAUCCACAACUGCCAAAAGCUUUCUCUUCUCUGCCCAGUGUGGGUUUUCUCGGCUUGUGAGGUCCAGUUGCCCCUCUAGUCUCUCAACCCACGGGCCCACCUGGCCUCCCCGCCAGGUCCUCUAGAACAUCCUCCUCCCACAAAACUCGACAGGGGCCUCUCCGAAGAGUGAGAUGAUCUUGAGAGUAUGUUUGUCUUCAUCAAACAUGGAGGUGAGGGGCAGCACAGAGCUGAAGGUCUGGGAAUGGGUGUGGGGAGGCUUGAGGGCAAUGUCGAUCACAGAGAUGGUGUAAGUAUAGAAGGGCCCAUAUACCCCAUCCUAUAUCUCUUCUCAGAUAACCAGCAGUUUCUGCUUAAUAUCAAUUGCUCUGUCCUCCUGUUGAUGCAUUACACCCGCGCUAAAGUGGGCUUGCGUAAACGAGACAUCAUCGAUUUGUGUGAUGAAGCGGGGAUACUGAAGAUGUUUUUCAUGCUGAAGACCCCUGGAGAAUAUGCCAGCAAAUUCCUUACAGCUCGAAACACCUACUACGUCUGUAAGGUGGAACGUGGGGCACCAGGAACCAGGAUUGAGAAUUCCUACAGAGCUAUUGUGCCCCUCCUGAAGAAUCCAGAACCCGAAGUGCUUGAUGCGCUGCGUACACAGUGUGAGAUCUUAGAGAGGAACCGAGUGAAGACGCUUAAAAUCAUAGAAGCCAAGCGGGUCACUACAAUUGAGUCUACUGUGAACCUCCCAGUAAGAGUAUUUAAGCGCAGUUUGUUCUCUUUCUACCAGCAAACUGGAUAUUCCCCCCUUCUGCUUAAGGAAUUGAAUUUCCUUUUCGAAUCCGUGUCCCCUUUUCUCCUUUCAUUACCUUCCCUGAAGAGGCUCGUCCUUCAUCUCCUUACUUUGCCUUUCUAGUCCAAAUCGGGAAGAUCGGAUGAUCACGGGCCCCCUCCCGCUCCUCGAAAGGGCCUGCACUUUAAGACCAGAGUAGAUUUUCACGGU